AAAUCGUAUACGAUUAACGCAAUACAUAAUUGUCUUUAACAGUUUAACUUCUUUUUAUUUUUUUGCGAUUUGCGCUACACAGUCACUACUCUUCUGUAGUUUUUUUUUGUCACUUACCUAGCCAAUCCCUAAAACGAAACAAUGCGUAUUGACACUUGUUAUUUUUGUUCAUCCAAAAUGUAUCCAGGACAUGGAAUGCAUUUCGUAAGAAAUGAUUGUAAGGUAUUUAAAUUUUGUCGCUCGAAAUGUCACCGGGCAUUCCAAAAGAAGAAGAACCCUAGGCGUGUACGAUGGACCAAAGCAUACCGCAAGGCUGUUGGCAAAGAAUUGGCUGUCGAUCCAUCAUUUGAGAUUGAAAAAAGACGUAACAUUCCCAUGAAAUAUGACAGAGAGUUUUGGCAAAUGUCAAUGGAAGCAAUUAAGAAAGUCACUGAAAUUCAAAAGAAACGCCAAUCUACCUAUGUAAUGCAGCGAUUACGUAAAGGACGUGAAGUUGAACAGCACAGGGAUAUCAGGGAAGUUCAAAGGGAUAUGUCACUUAUUAGAUCGCCUGCUGCAGGACUUAAACAACGUUUGGCAACUGAAGAAAAACUACUAGAAGAAGAAGAAAAUGAUGUGGAGAUGAUUGCUACAGAAGACGAGAAUAAUAUUGAUCAUAGUAAACUAUCUUACAUUAAAAUAUAAAAUAUUUGUAACUGUUCAAUGGUAUUGUAAUAUGGAUCUUUAUACAAAUAUAAUAUACAUGAGUAAUUAUUUACAUAAGU